AUGGGUUCAAUCGCCGAGAAGUUUGACUAUACGUCGCUGAAAGAGUUAUUGAAGGGCACCGGGGCUGAUGUUCUGGUUCCUGGAGAUGGACAGAAGUACGAGGAUAUCAUCCAGAGGUGGAGCGAAAGCUGUGUGAAGAGAGCUUCUGCAGUGGUGGCCGUCCGAUCUGCUUCUGACGUCCAGGCAACCCUUGAGCAGGUCCGUAAGCACAAACUUCCCUUCACUGUCCGAGGAGGAGGUCACUCGACGUCUGGCGCCGCGUCUAUCGAAGAUGGUCUCGUUAUCGACCUCUCCAAGAUGCGCGGCGUCACCGUCGACCCGGAGGCCCGCACCAUCACCGCAGAAGGUGGCACCGUUUGGGAAGACGUCGACAACGCCGCCGCCGAACACGGUCUCGCAACAGUAGGAGGCACAGUGAACCACACCGGAGUCGGCGGCUUAACCCUUGGUGGAGGCUACGGUUACCUAAGUGGAAAACACGGUCUGACAAUCGACAACCUGCUCUCCGUCGAAGUCGUCCUGGCCUCAGGCGAAGUCGCCACAGCCUCCCAGACCACCAACCCAGACCUCUUCUGGGCGAUCCGGGGCGCAGGCCAGAACUUCGGCGUCGUCACGAAGUUCACCUUCCAGGGCCAUCCCCAGCCUAACCCCGUCUUCGCCGGCCCGCUCGUCUUCCCGCCCACAGCGCUGCCGCAAAUCGUGCAAUUUAUGAACAAAUUCCACGCCACCAACGACGGCAACCAAGCCCUGCUCGUCGGCUUCAGCAGCCCGCCGCCCCAGAACGCCCCCGUCGUGCUGACACAGCUGUUCCACAACGGCACUGAGUCCGAGGCCCGCGCCAUCUUCGCCGACCUGUUUGCGCUGGGCCCCGUCGCCGACAUGACCGCUACGAUCCCGUACCCCGUGCUCAACAGCCUGCUCAACGCGUCCGCGGGCUUCGACGGGCGCAAGCAGUUCGGCGGCGGCGCGUUCAAGCUGCCGCUCGAGCCCGCGUUCGUGCAGGACGUGUACCGCGAGUUCCAGGCGUUCGUGGAGAGCAAUGCAGCCGAGCUGGCGCAGAGCAUGGUGCUGUGGGAGGUUGUGCCGUACAAGAAGGUCAUGGAGGUCAGCAACGAGGCGAUGAGUUUCUCGAACCGUGGGGACUAUUACAACGUCGCGACGAUGUUCAAGUGGUUCGAUCCCAAGCUCGACACGCAGAUUCGCACGUUCUCGCGCUCGCUGCUGAAGAAGGCGUCUGAGACGGCGGCGGAUAGGUCGAAGGACGGCGGCGUCGGCCAGUACGGGAAUUACGCCAGCGAGGAUGUGGCGGCGAAUGAUAUCUUUGGUGAGAAUGUGAGGCGCUUGGAGGAUCUGAAGCAGAAGUAUGAUCCGGACAACUUGUUCAGCCAUGGCACGAAGCUCACGCCGCGGCCGUUGGUUGUGGUGAACUAG